GUUCUGCUCGUUUACAGCGGUAAGCGAGGAAUUUCCUGCUAUACAAUCAUUCGAGAGAGAAACUCUCUUUCUUUCUCGCCUUCAUUCUUCUUCUCUCCAUCUUCCCUCUCAUCUCUUCUUCUCUUCUGGAUCUUCGUCCCUGCCUUCAUCCUAUCUCGUCUCGUCUUGUCUUGCUUGUCUUGUCUCGUUUUUUUUUUUUUUUUCUCUUCCCGCUCUUCCAAUCUACAUCUUCUGGUGCUUUUUCUCCUGGCCCAUUUUCCAUCCCCCCCUCCUCCAAAAAAAGAAUCCAAAAAAGAGGCUUCCAAUUAGAGAAGCCCACAAGAUCCCCAACCCAUGAUCAUGUCUGGGUUGACUCUCCGCGGGGGAGGUCCUCCUGGCCGUGUGCGACGAACGCCAACCGUGACCACCUUUCCCACCGACCCCGAUCGCUUGUCUUCCUCCUCCUCGACCACCGCCACGGUCACCAAAAUCCCCUACCACCAGCCCUACGCUUUCCAGCGCAACGGCUCCAUCUCUCACAAUUUCCCUACCUCUUCCCAGCUCUCGGACGACUUGUCGCUGGAGUCCCCCAUCAGUCCGCCCGAUUCCGCCCAGCUCCAUGAUUCUUUGCUCCAGGACUCGCUAUUCCCCGAAUGGAAGUCCAGUGCCGUCCAUGGGGCGGUUGACAGCCCGGAUGAGAUGCAAAGGAAAGACCCGUUAGCGACUCAGAUAUGGAAGCUGUAUUCUAGGACCAAGGCCCAAUUGCCCAACCAGGAGCGCAUGGAAAACUUGACCUGGCGGAUGAUGGCCAUGAGUUUAAAACGAAAAGAGAGAGAACGCGCUGAGCAGGCCCGUGUCAUCACCGGUACCAGUGGUAUCGCUCAGUUGCGUUUGUCCGAGUCCGACCCCAUCUCGAACCUCACACACCCGUCAGACGUCAUUUUUGAUCCCAUGAACCUCGAUGAUUUCAUUGUUCCCUUUGAAUCUCCCUCGGAUCAUCCGUCCCCACCCCCACCCACCACCAAGGCCGCCGGCGCCAUUGCGGGCGCCAUCCCCAUCAAGCUGCGCAAAGACCAGCACUUCGAGUCGACCCCUGUCCCGGCUUCAUUCCCGCACCCUCCUCAGGAUCAGCGCAAGAAUAGUGAAUUUGGCUACGUGCCACGUCGAGUCCGCAAGACCAGCAUUGACGACCGCCAGUUUUUCGGCCUGCAGGUUCCCUCGCGCAAGCGACCGGCGGAGUCUUCUCCCCAGGUCCCGCCCGUGUCCAACACCAUGUUGGCCCAUGACCCCGAGCUCGCGGGUGCGGUGCCGGAUUAUACCCUCGACGCCUCGUCCGGUCUUGCCCUCCACCACAGCCAACUGAAUAGUCAGGCUCACACGACCAACCCCAACAGCCACACCUCUCCGGGCGUGCCGUUUAGUCUGGAUACCUUCAACCUGGGCGACGACCCCAUUCUCCCUUCGGCGAGCGCAUACCAGUCCCAGUUCACCUUCUCCCCAAGCGAGUCGCCCAUGACCACCGGCAACGCCUUCGCUAAUAUUUAUGCUCACACCCCGGUGGCCUCUUCGCUCACCUCGACCGACUUCUUUUCCCCGCCUCCCUCCGGGUACCAGUCCACCGCGUCCACCCCGCAGCCGCUGUACGACGAGGAACAUUCCAUGUACUUCGAUAUGGGCACCGAUACUCGCACCCAGCGCCGCGUCCCCACCUACGUCGCUCAGCGAUCAUCCAACUUGUCUGCCUCCUUGCAGCCACGGUAUAUGUACAACCCCAGAGCCUCGCAGGAGGCGUCCCACCCGACUGCUCACGUGAGCAACCCGUCGCCUUCGGUACCCUCCCCGGGCUACCCCAUUCCGCAACAUGUCGACCCCACCCAAGUCUUGAGUCCGAGCGAUUUCGCGGCUGGUGGCUCCAAUACUGCCAUGUUCAGCUUUGGUGCUGAUUCCGAUGUUGAAGAUGACGAUGGCGCGCUGUUCUCUCGGGGGGGCUUGGCCAUGCCUGCCGAGUUUGGCGAUGACAAUAUCAAUGAUUUGAAUGCCGGCUUGCACUGGGAUGCAUCGUUCCCCGGCUCCUUCCACUCGCUGCCGGGAUUUACCGCACAACAUCGCAAGCAUGUCACCAUCGGCUCCACGGACUUGAUGGAGACCCCGAGCGAAUGGAGCCAGGGAGGCGGCCUGGGUCGCACGCAUGGAUCGGCGGCAUCGGUCAGCGAGGUGCGCAACCGCGAGCAGGAUCCUCGGCGCCAGAAGAUUGCGCGGACCACCUCGACCCCAAAUACCGCCCAACUCUUGCGCCAGAGUAUGAACUCCGCCCCUACCUCGCAUACUUCGCCCAACACUCCGCCCGAAUCGGGGUUGAACAGUGCCGCUCCGUCUCGCCCCGCGAGCCCUGGCGGCUCCAAGAACGGCGAGCAGAACAAUGGCCCAACCACCUGUACCAACUGCUUCACCCAAACUACUCCCCUAUGGCGGCGGAACCCCGCGGGUCAACCGCUGUGCAACGCCUGUGGUCUCUUCCUCAAGCUGCACGGCGUGGUGCGUCCUUUAUCGCUCAAGACCGAUGUCAUCAAGAAGCGGAACCGCAACAGCGCCAACAGCCUUGCGGUCGGAUCGUCCCGCGCCUCAAAGAAGUCGGCGCGCAAGAACUCCGUUCAGCAAGCCCCUCCCGUAACCACACCUACCUCGAGCAGGGCACAGAGCGGAACGACAUCCGAAUCGCCUCCCGCCAUGUCUGGGGGCCCGUCCAGCCGUGGAUCGGGCGUGGUACCGAUUGCUGCCGCCCCGCCCAAGUCCACGCCUUCGACUACGUCCCCUGCUGCCACCAACAGCCGCAGCGCUAUGCAGGUGGCGCCAAAACGCCAGCGUCGGCUGGAGAAGGCCUUCGAUAUCGAUAUCGCUGAUGACGCUAGUCGAUCUAGCACCUCAUCGACCGGACGAUCCAAAGUGGUUCCAUUGGCUCCGGCCAUGCCCCCGGCGGCAGCCAACCCCGCCAAUCACAGUAUCGCUGCCGGCCAAGGCGCCAGCCAAGAGUGGGAGUGGUUGACGAUGAGUCUGUAGUUGGAUUUCAUCUCCCGUCUUUCCAUCCUUUUCUCAUUCUCCGCUUAUUUAUUCUUUUACGUUUUUACACUGUUUUAUUUGACGAUGUUACUCUCCACCCAUGUUACUCUCCCCCCCUUGUUUAUCCCCCCCCCCCCCCCUUCAACUCCC